AUGUAUACAUCCGCUGACGUAGCCGUACUUGCUCUGGUCUUGGGAUGGUGGGCGUAUCUGCUCUCACGCAGGAUUACGCGUCUUCCGCCCAGUCCCAAACUUUGGCCGGUCAUCGGCGCUGCGCGGGAGAUGAUGUCGAAGGAGUUGUGGUUAGUCGCGCAGCGGUGGGGCAAAGAGCUCGGCGACGUCAUAUAUCUGUCAGUGAUGGGUCAAGGCAUCGUGUUUUUGAACUCCCGUAAGGCGGCAUUCGACCUGUUGGACCGACGAGGCGGUAUAUACUCUGAUCGGCCACACCUCGUGAUGAGUGGUGAACUAUGCGGAUGCUCCGACAUGGUUGCCUUCACGGGCUACGGGGAGCAGUCAAAGAGACAACGCCGCCUCUUUGCGAACGCUUUCGGACCGCAACACAUACCUUCAUACCUCCCUUUGAUUGUGGAUGCGACGAUGGACGUACUGCGACAGCUGGUACGGACGCCGAAGCAAUACCAGGAACACUUCCGAAGGUACACGGGAGGACUGACUUUGCAAGUGGUCUACGGAUACAAGCCCGUAACGGAAGGUCCUGAUGCUAUGAUUGACUUCUCCGAGGAGUGCAUCGAUCUUCUCGCAAAUCGGAUCGCGUCAAGCGGCUCUGUGUGGCUUGUCGACAUCUUUCCGCAAAUGAAGAACUUACCGGAGUGGUUACCGGGUACACGCUUCAGGAGCUUGGCUCGAGAGUGGAAGGCGAAGAUGGAGGCGUGGGUGGAUCAACCGUACGCUUGGAUGAAGACCGCGGUGGCGAGCGGAAGUGCACCGGUAUCGUUUUGUUCAACUCUUCUGGAGCAAAAGUACGGUGCCCUCACCGAAGAGUUUGAACACGACCUCAGCUGGACCGCGAAUUCGAUGUAUGCGGCCAGUCUUGAUACGACCGUCGCGACAAUGAGCCACUUUGUGCUCGCGAUGAUCCUACAUCCAGAAGUUCUCCGACGUGCGCAGGUCGAGAUCGAUAGUGUCGUGGGCGUUGACCGCUUGCCUACCUUUGAAGACCGCGGCCGCUUGCCAUAUGUGAGUGCUGUCGUAGACGAGACAUUGCGCUAUGCGUGCCCCGUGCCGCUUGGGUUGCCACAUAGACUCGUAGAAGAUGACACAUACGAAGGGAUGCAUGUACCAAAAGGGUCCUUCGUUUUUGCUAACAUCUGGGCCAUCCUGCGAGAUCCUGUUCUCUAUCCGGACCCAGACGUGUUCAAACCCGAGCGCUUUCUUGAUCUCACCCCCGAGUACCGCGCCACCUCAGAUCCUCGCAACUAUGCCUUUGGCUUUGGGCGUAGGAUAUGCCCUGGAAUGCAUCUAGUUGAUGCAUCGAUAUGGCUGCUCAUCGCAUGCAUGCUAGCAACCUUCGAAAUGAGAAAGGCCAAAGACGAUGCAGGCGGAAACGUGGAGCCUGUUGUUGAGUAUCGCAACUCGGUCUUUAGGACACCGAGCUCAUUUGCGUGCGACAUCAUGCCUCGAUCUGCGAGGGCGGUGGCAUUGCUGGAGGAGAUGUAG